AUGACGGCUGUGGCGAAGCUCAGGUAGCUGCGGUGCUCGCCAGCUCGCAGCCCCCGCGGCGCCCCCUUUACUCUUUGCCCCCUGAGCACUCCCGACUCCACCAUGCCGAGGGGCUUCCUGGUAAAGCGAACUAAACGGACAGGCGGCUUGUAUCGAGUGCGCCUAGCUGAGCGGGUUUUCCCCCGGCUGGAGCCCCAGGGGGCGCCGCCCUUUCCCGAGGAGGUUUCCAGUGCCCCCCAGCCCGGUGCGGAGCAGGUGGCAACCCCCACCUUGGAGGAGGAGGCGGCGGCCCGGGAACUGUCGGGGUCGUCCUGUCAGGCGGCUAGGGUGAGCCUGGGGGAGGGCGGGCAGGAAGGUGCUGCGGAGUGGAGGGCGGAUGGUAGGGAGGGUCCCGGGCCCAGCCCCAGCCCCACGAAGCCGGCGGGCGUGGAGCUGCGCCGGGCAUUCCUGGAGCGCUGCCUCAGCUCACCCGUCUCUGCAGAGUCCUUCCCCGGGGGUGCCGCCGCGGUGGCUGCUUUCUCUUGCUCGGCGGCGCCAGCAGCUGCACCGACCUCAGGGGAGCAGUUCCUGCUGCCGCUCCGGGCACCGUUCCCAGAACCAGAGCUCCAUCCAGACCCUGCGCCCCUCUCGGCCACCCUGCACGGCCUGAAGCGGGCCGCUGGCAACGAGCGCCGUGCCAAGGCCCCUCCGGGCUGCACGUCUGGACCUGCGGCCGCCGGAGUCAAGAAGCCAAAGGCCAUGAGGAAGUUGAGCUUCGCCGAUGAAGUGACCACAUCCCCUGUCCUGGGCCUGAAGAUCAAGGAGGAGGAGCCCGGAGCACCGUCCCGGGGUCUGGGGGGCAGCCGCACGCCACUGGGGGAGUUUAUCUGCCAGCUAUGCAAGGAGCAGUACGCAGAUCCCUUCGCUCUGGCUCAGCACCGCUGCUCCCGCAUCGUACGCGUCGAGUACCGCUGCCCGGAGUGCGACAAGGUCUUCAGCUGCCCUGCGAACCUCGCCUCCCAUCGCCGCUGGCACAAACCACGUCCCGCAGCGGCAAAUGCCGCCACAGUCUCUUCAGCCGACGGGAAGCCGCCUCCUUCGUCUUCCUCCACCUCCCCAGACUCUGGGGCUGUUGCAUCUUUCUUGGCGGAGGGGAAGGAGAACAGCCGGGCAGAGCGAGCGGCCGAUCAGCACCUGCAGGCGAGGGACAGCUCCAGGGCGGAGCACCAGGACAGCGCCCCACACCAGGGCCUCCAGGUGCUGUCCCACCCCGAGCCACCGCUGCCUCAGGUCCCCUUUACGGAGGGGGUGUUGGGGCGCCGGGUGCCUGGGCCAGGUAGUGCCAGUGGUGUCGGGGGAUCCGAGAUCUUCAUGUGCCCAUAUUGCCACAAAAAGUUCCGUCGCCAAGCCUAUCUGCGCAAGCACCUAGGCACUCAUGAGGCAGGCUCUGCUCGUGCGCUUGCCCCGGGCUUUGGCUCCGAACACGGUGCCCCACUCGCCUUCGCUUGCCCCCUGUGCGGGGCGCACUUCCCGUCCGCAGACAUCAGGGACAAACACCGGCUGUGGCACGCGGUCCGCGAGGAGCUGCUCCUGCCUGCUCUGGCCGGGGCGCCCCCAGAAGCGCCGAGCCCAGGCGGAGCAUCCGACGGGAGUGCUCAGCAAAUUUUCUCGUGCAAGCACUGCCCGUCCACUUUUUUUAGCUCCCCGGGGCUGACCCGGCACAUAAAUAAGUGCCACCCCUCAGAAAGUCGGCAGGUACUGCUGCUGCAGAUGCCGUUGCGGCCUGGCUGUUGAGGAAAGAGAUGAGGAAGAUUGUGCGGUUGGCCUCGGAGGAAACAGAUCAUGGGAAUUUCUGUGGGGAUUUCUUGAAUUUGCAAGUUUACCCUCUUUCCUGCCUAUAUUUUCCUCUCCUAAAACUCCCAGUAGUCAAUGUUCCGCCAGAGAAGCGGACAGCGAAAUGUAAAAUCCCUCUCUAGAGCAGGUAUGUAUUAUGGUAUAAACAUUCGCGGUCAAGGACUGUCACUUUAAAGCCUUCUUGCUUUCCCCACGAAAAUAGGAUUUCCCCCCUCAUUCUGGAGACCCUAACGAAUCCUAUAUGACUUGUAAUUCCUAUGGAAAGUCGUAGUGAAUGCGUGCAUGUCUCAAUAUCUACAAAGGAUUCUAGCUACCGAAAGUGGUAGUCGUUUUUUGUUUGUUUGUUUUUCCCCUCUUGCCAUCGCAGGCGCCUAUGUAGUUUCUGUCUCAAUAGGGUCAGAUACCUUGCAUUGUAUAUUCUGUGAAUUGAAAGUUAUGUGAUUGGUGCCAAACUUACAAGGGGGGUGGGGAAACACUCAAGACCUAUGCCUGUGGGCAGGAAAUAUAAGAGGAUGUUUGCGCUUUGGGGGGAUGUGGGGAUCUCCCUGUGUACGUUCCUUUUCUCAAGUAUUAGUCCAUUCUUAAGUGUUUGGAGGUGGGGAGGGUGCUACUUUACUUGGAGUUGAGACACCCCCAAAAUUCUCACCUUUAGCUUUUUUGGUGUGUUUUCAGGAAGAGAUAUUUUAAAACUUUAAAUAACAGCUUUUUGGAAACACAACUCAUUUCCAGAAGUUUGACUGUUUUAGUAGGGUUUCAUCCAAAUUGUUUAAUCCUUCUGUUGUAAAUCUCAUGCAGUGUUAUAUAUGAAACUAUGUUCAGUUUAAGGAAGAUGUUAAUACCUAUAAUCCACUAUGAAACUGAAUGGGGAUUCAUUCAAUAUUCAUUUUUCAGCAGCAACCUGUUUUUCAAUUUUUGUAAACCAUAUUCAGUGUACACUCUGUACCCAUGCUCUAAUAGCCAGAGUUUGGGACACCGGCUGAGUAUUGCUUGACAGAUAGCCCAUACCUGUAAGAUGCUUACCACCAAAUAAAUGUACAUAGCUGGUA